AUGUGGCAGAAUAUUCAAGGCUUCGAAGCUGUCACUUUGUUAAGUCAUUACAGUGUGUUGAAGAUUGCCCCUCUCCGCCCCCGGGGUGAUAUCAGAGAUUUAGAGCCUAUGAAGCGCAAAGCCGGUGCGGCAAGUUCGUAUCUAGUUCAACAACGACAGCUGAUCGUAUCAGAGGCUAAUGCUGCUGCCCUCGCUCCCUUUCUGAUUGAUUGUUUCCGAGCAGCAGCAGAGGCGGGACCUCAUGAUAUUUUGAAGCUCUACAACAUCAAAGGAAACAUUGUAAAUAUAUCACAGAAGCUGGAUGAGAACACACCAGAUACUCCGUAUAAACUAGAGGUGGUCGCGUCACAUGGCACGGGAACUUUAGCUGAACAAUUGGGCUUUGAUAUCCAAGACGUAGAAAAUAGGUUAGAGGUUUUAGAAAAGAAAAUCAUCGUCGAUAGCGGCGAAACACCGGGUGUCGUCUACGAGCUGAAACACAAAGUUGAGCACUUUAAAGAGAAACUGGAAAGCGUAGAACAUCUGAGCUGGCUCGGUCUCUUCAAAGAAGUGGUCGCCGAAUCACAGAGCAGACUUCCCUUCUUCCGGAGGAGACUCAGGAAAUCAGAGGAGGAACAAAGAAGAGUCCUAGAGAAGUUCAACAAAAUAAAGCAUGUACAGUUAACAGAUGACGUCAGGGAAUACCUAAGGACACCAGUAUUUGACAAUUGGCAAUGGGAGGAUGCAGAGAUGAUGCUGCUAAUGCAACAAAUGUACAUAGACCUCGACUUCACUACCAAAUAUAAUAUUGAGAUGCCAAUACUUCAGAACUUCCUUUUUGAGGUCUUCAGGCACUAUAACCACGUACCAUUCCACAAUUUCAAACACUGCUUUUGCGUCUCACAAAUGAUGUAUGGCAUGACCUGGUUAGCUGACCUUUGCUCCCUAAUGGGUGACAUCGAGGUGUUGAUCAUGAUCACGUCGGCAAUCUGUCACGACCUCGACCAUCCUGGCUACAAUAAUGCUUACCAAGUAAAUGCAAGAACGGAGCUAGCACUCAGGUAUAACGACAUCUCACCUCUUGAGAAUCAUCAUUGUUCUGUGGCAUUCCAGAUUCUGGAAAAGCCACACUGUAACAUCUUCAAGAACAUCGGUCACGAAAGAUUCAAGAAGGUCCGAGAGGGAAUGAUAAGAUGUAUACUAGCCACCGACAUGGCCAAACACAGCGAGAUCCUCAACAAGUUCAAAUCAGUGGUUCCAGAGUUUGAUUAUUCCAAUAAGGACCACAUCAGCCUGCUGAUGCAGAUUUGUAUCAAGGUAGCAGAUAUCUCCAAUGAGGCCCGACCGAUGGACGUGUCCGACCCUUGGAUUGAUUGUUUACUCACGGAAUUCUUCAACCAGAGUGAUGUAGAGAAGCUUGAAGGGUUACCAGUGGCCCCAUUCAUGGACAGAGAGAAGGUGACCAAGCCCUCAUCACAAACCGGUUUCAUUCGGUUUGUUCUGCUUCCACUCUUUGAGUCAAUCGGGUCGUUACUUCCCAAGCUAGAUGAGCACAUCAUUGAACCUGUCAGGAAAGCCCUCAAUUACUACUCGGAGAUGGCCAAAGCCAUGGAGGAGGAGAAGCGGAAGAAAACGGAGAACGACAAAACGAGGCAAGCCAACGGCGAGAUGCCCAAGAUCAACUCCACAAACGGCUCCACGACGCCGGCCAUUAAACAGAACGGCGACGCCGCGAUCAGCAACGCCACCGACAAGAAAGUAGUCCGAACAAAUCUCAGCAUGUCGAAGGUCGGGGGGUCAUCUAAUGUCAGGGGUAACCCUAAAUGACAGGAACUCGGAUGUUGCCUAAGAAACUGUUUCAUGGCAUCCUUGCCGAAGCGAUGCUAUGGUUUUAUUAUGAGGAGACAGAGAGGGUAAGAGAGAGGGUGAGAGACAGGGUGACGAAUGGGGUGACGAACGGGGUGAUAGAGGUGUGUUUAUGUGUGUGCUAAUAACAUUGGGUACUUGUUUAGAACCUGUCUUCAACUUGUGUGCUGUUCUCGGGACAAGGAACUGCCCGCCCUCAGAUGGAUUUUCAAGACAACUGGAUCAAGAUUCAUCACUCUACUCUACGAAGGUCCAAAGGAAUUCCGACUCCAAGCUGAUAUAAUCCAAGCACGUUUUAGAACAAUACAGUUUUAAAACAUGUGGAAUUGGGUGCCAAAGUGGUGGACAUCUUGUCAGUGGACAUGAGUACCAACCCAGAUGGCUUGUUUAAUAGACCAGUGGAUAUGAGUACUAAACCAGGGGACUUACUACUAAACCAGUGGACUUGAGUACUCAACCAGUGGACCUGAUUAUCAAACCAGUGGACUUGAGUACUAAGCCAGUGGACUUGAGUUCCAAUUCACCAGACUUAGUACUAUUAACCAGUGGACUUGAGUACUCAACCAGUGGACCUGAUUAUCAAACCAGUGGACUUGAGUACUAAGCCAGUGGACUUGAGUUCCAAUUCACCAGACUUAGUACUAUUAACCAGUGGACUUGAGUACUCAACCAGUGGACCUGAUUACCAAACUAGUGGACUUGAGUACUAAGCCAGUGGACUUGAGUUCCAAUUUACGAGACUUAGUACUAAACCAGUGGACUUGAGUACUCAACCAGUGGACCUGAUUACCAAACCAGUGGACUUGAGUAUUAAGCCAGUGGACUUGAGUUCCAAUUCACGAGACUUAGUACUAAACCAGUGGACUUGAGUACUCAGCCAGUGGGCCUGAUUACCAAACCAGUGGACUUGAGUACUAAGCCAGUGGACUUGAGUUCCAAUUCACGAGACUUAGUACUAAACCAGUGGAACUGAGUGCCAAAGCAGUGGACUUGAGUACUGAGCCAGUGGACUUGAGUACCAAACCAGUGGACUUGAGUACUAAGCCAGUGGACUUGAGUUCCAAUUCACGAGACUUAGUACUAAACCAGUGGAACUGAGUGCCAAACCAAUGGACUUGAGUACUUAGCCAGUGGACUUGAGUGCCAAACCAAUGGACUCGAGUACUAAACUAAUGGACAGAAGUAACAAAUCAUUGGACCUUAGUACUACACUACUGGACUUAAGUACCAAACCAGUGGAUUCGCGUACCAAAUUAGUGCACUUGAGUACCAAACCAGUGAACUAUGGUUGAAUUAGUAUGCCUAGCCUUUAUAAGCAGAGCAUGGCACUUCUUUGUUGAACCUUUGGAAUCCCAACAGCAUUAUUGUUUAACUUGAUUUUUCAUUGAAUCUUUGCUCUGGAUCCACACACUCUACUAAAAUAACCAGAAUUUGUCAAUGGAGCUUUCAUAUUUUGUCAUCACUAUAUCUUCGGCAUUGUCCAAUGAACGCUCUAGUUUACCUCAACAAUUAUCACAUUUGCAUGAUAACGACUUUUUACUUUUCCAUCCAAAUUUCUGACUUUUGUGCUUCUUUAUCCGGCUCCUAUAUACUGAUGACUUUUCAGGAAUUAAGCAUAAUAUAUAAAUUGUAAUUAUUUUAUCAAGAUGUUAACCAUGGAUGUUAGAAUAUAUUAGUGAAGAAUGAAAUUUGGAGAAAGUGUAACAAAAAACUUUGAAAAACAAGCACAAAUUAUUUUCUGAUUCUACAAUUGAAUUAUUUAAUCGUCUUAAUAUUGAAAAAGCAAAUAAAAAAAAAUGUUCCAUCAAAUCAAUUAUAUUAAAAUUCCCUUAGGAAUAAAACACUUGGAAAUUGUGAAAAAAUAGUUCCUUAAACAGUCGUCUGGACAAUCUCCACCUGGGAAAAUCCCAUACCAACAGGUUAUCAGGAUCUUUAUUUCAAAUUAUUGUACAUGAAACAGUAGUUUAUUAUUUUUAACAGAGUUAUAGCAGAGUUUUAUAUCUAUGUGAUUGGGAAGCUAUUUUAUGUUUUAACCAAAACAAAAUCAAUAAGAUAUUUGAUUUUAAAAGAUAAUAACAUAAAGUUUUAAUAAUUUUGAAUAAAAGCAAAUAGUUAAUUUAGUUUAUUUAUAUGUAUGAUAAUAGAUCAAGUGAAUGUAGAAUUUGUAAAUACCAUUAUAAAUAAAACUGACAAAGUAACACAAAUUUGAAACUACUUUAUUUCUAGAAAGACUGCAAUCUUUUUUCUUGCAAGACACUUUCAGUUGUAGAUUCCUCUUACUUCUGGAGAGCCAACUCUGCAUUCACUAAAUAGCCGUUGGUUUUUAAAUCGUAACAAAGAGAGACUUUUUCAAAGUUUUUUUUUUCAUUUUUAGUGAGAAACUCACAACAUUUUGGACAGGGAAUACUUUUCAUCUAUUUUCGAGUCAAAGUCAUAUUAUCAUUCCCAACUGAAUAUUUUCUUCUAGCAGCGAUUUUCGUCCAAAGUUGGCUAAGUGCUUUGAGUAAUUGUCCAAAUUAUCCACAACCUAUCCCAAAGUUUACUUCUCUUUGAUUUAUCACUUCUCUGCCAAUCGGCUAUGUUUGGUGACAAGUGCAUCAAAAAUAAUUUGUGCAAAGAUGGUGUAAAAUGUUGCUUGAUAUUUUCAUUAUAGACCUUAUGCAUUGACGUCAUCCAGCGGCCAUCUUAGUGGAAAAACGGUGACGAAACAAUCGAAA